GCAAGUUUAGUUCUUACCAAACACACAACACACAACGUUCUAAUCGAAAAUGCGUUUGUUCGCUUUAAUUGCCAUUGCUCUGUGCCUGCUGGCAUCGCUGCUGGGUCUUGCCCGCGCCGAGGAGGACGAAAUCUGCGCGUGUCCUCGCAACUUUGAGCCCGUCUGUGGCAGCGACACCGUCACCUAUCCCAAUGCCUGCGAGCUGAGUUGCGCCACCAAACGCUACGCACGCCAAGGCCGCAGCUUGAGCCAGGCUCGCGCUGGUCCAUGCUAAACUACGAUCUUGAGAUUUUUAAAUAAAAUUGUGCAUUUGUACACGUAAACAAUA